AUGACGGGAAGCGCGCCUGCCUCUCCUGAGGCAUAUCCGUCACCAGACCGGUUGCCAACGCCUGGAAGCUUGAUGAAUCCAGCGAUGGCGAGGGCGAUGUAUGAGUGGACAGCGAGGCAGUCUCUGUUGACUCCCGCCCCGCCACCACGACCGCGAGAGCGAGAACCGGAACAAGCGAGCCAUACCAGCUCCAUACCCCAAGAGGUGAUCAUGCAGGAGGUCCGGAACCAAGUGAAUGAGGCGAUGAAGUCCAAGGAAGGUGAGCUACGAGAGCUGCGAGCACAGAACGAAGAGCUACGUGGUGCUCUUCGGGAGUCUUUGGAUAUGGUCAGAGACUUAAAGCGUGAAGAUGGACCGCGUCAUAGAGAUCCACAGCCUGUCCUACCAGGAGCAUCUGGCCGAGAACCUGGUGAAGCUUCGGGAGGAGGUGAGGUAUCGAGUGACACAAAGGGUCCGCGGGAGCUUCAUGAACCGGAGAGCGGAGGUGAUCCCAGCAAGAACUCCUUUUCACAGGGCGAGGCCAAUCAGGACCCGAAGGCAACUGGAGAGGGCUUGUUGGGGCUUCGGAGGUUGAUUGACGGAAGCUACGGAGAGGAGGCCCGAGCCUCCAAGCCUUCCGAGCCUGUGCAGGAAACCCCGAAGGUUGCGAAGGAUGAAGUGCAGGAACCGUUGCACUUGCUUGUUCAAGGGAUGAGACAGUUGCAGCAGGCGUUCCUUGGGAAAUCGGAGACCAAGGACAACGAUUUGAAGGGAUCAGUCCAGAUCCCACAGAUGCCAGAGGCUGGCCCGGAGUCGGCCGUGGAGUACGCAGACUGGUUGUUCGAAGCGGAGCAGGCCAUUGGAGGCCUGUCGGACCGCUCGGCAUUGUGCUCGUUCCAGAUCCAGGAGCCCGCCAAGGCGUGCUCCCUCGAGGGGCUUACGCUGGAGGUGAACAUCCCUGCAGAGCUGAAGGCGGAGAGAUGGUCACGCUUGGAGCGCAGGACGAUGACUUUGUUGUUGAGUUCUAUGACGAAGACAAUGAAGGAUGAUGUUAUCACCCACAGAGUGGACAACGUGCCCACCUUGCUGUAUCGGAUGUUCGUGAUAUACCAACCAGGAGGAGCCUCGGAACGAGCUUCGAUCUUGAAGCAUUUGGAAGGGGCUUCCGCGGGGGAUGGCAUUCACGACGCCGUCCAAGCCCUCAGGAGAUGGCGACGCUACUUGCAGAGGGCCGAGGAGAUGGGUGUAGCGGUACCGGAUGCUUCAAUCUUGUUGCGGAGCGUUGAGUUGAUCGUGGCAAGGACCUUGGAGGCCAACCCGGACAUCCGCUUCAGAUUGUCCCUUGUUAAGAAUGAGCUCCAACUACAAAGCAGACCGACGCAGGACAGCGUGAUCCGGUAUCACAGCCAUGCUCUGGCUGAACUUCAGCAAGCAGCGCCGGCACGGACAAGACCAACUUCGACUACCUCCACUACCUCGCAAGCCGAAGCCUUAAAGCUCAAGGCCGUGACGACUUCAGGGGGCACAGGUGAUACAGCGUCACCUGGGGGUUCGCCUACGAGGAAGCCGGGCAACAAAACACCGUGCAAGUUCUUCCAGACGGACGCUGGCUGCAAGAGGGGAUCUUCGUGCAAGUUUGACCACGUCUUUGACAGCAAGGAGGCCAAGCGAAGCAGGAUGCUGGGAGUGUGGAGCUACAACUCACCGAAGGACAGAUUACAGAUUGUCCUGUGGCCCAGAAGAAUGGGAAAGGUGGAAAGGGAACGAGGCCAGAUCGUGGAGAAGGCUUUGCUGGAGUCUAUCCAGCAGUUGGGGAGCGCAACUUCCACGGCAUCUACUACCUUGGAGCCUACAGCUACGGAAGCUACGAGAACCCAGGAUGUGCAAGCCCUCUUGCAGGAAGCCAAUGCGAUGUUGAGCAAGCUUACCAAGCUGGCAGCGAUGAAGGUGAAACCAGACCUCAAUGAGAUCCAGGUACACAUGGAGCGUGUCGAGUCGGAGGACGAAAGGAGAGCUGCUUUGCUUGCUUUGCUUGAUACUGGUGCUUCGCAUUCUUUCAGACCUACCUUGAACAAAGAGGAAGCGGAUGAGGCUCUACCUGUGCGAGUGGAACUUGCGGGAGGCCAGUUCAUUACUUUGAAGCAGAACCGCGGAGGAACUCUUUUGGCUGCUCGAGAUGCGCUUGAGAUCAUUGCGCAGUUGGAAGACCUGAAGCUGCGUGAACUGGAGAGCAACACCUUGGAUACUACGGUUCGCCUUCUGGACUCCCAAGAGGCAGUGUCUUGGGACUACUCGUUGGCAAGAUAUGUUCACACGGGAGAACGUGGGCAUGCUUUGGAGGCCUUGAUGCAGAAGGGUUCACCCCUCGGAGACCUACCUGGAGAAUUGUUAGCCUUCCUUGCGCCCACGGUGAGCCUGGACAACAAGAGCGGAUGGAAGUAUCUCAAGGCCCUCCCGAUAAGGAGAUCAACAAGGCGGGCUAUGAUGGAGAAGAGGUGGACAGUGAGGUGUUUUGCCGGAGAACAUGAAGCGGAUCUGAAGGUGCUGAACUCCAACGACACGGUGUUCGUGGACAUCAAUGUGGCUAAGAGCAAGCUGUUCAGCAUGAAGGGUGAGAGUGUGGCCUAUCGGGCACUGAUGUGGGGUGCUCUACGGGGUCAACUUGAGGGAGUUUUCGGAGCCAUUCCCACAAACUCCACGGAAGAGCUGAGGCUCAAGAUGAUGUGGCUCUGGGUUGCGGCUCGAAAGGCAGCGACUCUCUACGGCAUCCCUACACCCUACAUCGCGAUGGGCGGCAACUCCUUGGAAGCCUACUGGAAGUCGGAGUCGUGGAAGAAGUUUCAAAGUGAGUAUGAUGUACCGUUGGUGGAUUUCAUGGCCACUGAGACCAAUGAGGUUUUCUUGGUUGCUACGAAUUUGGACCUAGAAAGAGAUCCACAAAAGAGGAAAGAAGGUGGAACCAAGCUUGAGCGGGACUUGAGAUGGCCACCCUCCCUCUACAACGAGAUUGUCAACGGCAUCUACAAUUGGUGGAAGUUCCCCAAUGGAUGGGCCAUAAAGAAGAUGGAUGCGACCUUCGACCAAAUGAAGGAACCAGAACGACGGCGUUGGAUUCGUCACGUGAAGAAUGGGCAUUUGCCCUUUGAGCGGCGCUGCCGCACUUGUAUAGAGUCUUGUGCGACGGGAAGGGCACACAGAAGAGUCCUGGCUCCUUCUUGCUACGUUCUGUCAAUGGACCUUUGUGGGCCUUUCCGUGUGAAGGGAGAGUAUGGAGGUUCAAAGGGUUUCAAGUAUGCUCUGAUCGGGGCCUAUGUGAUGCCGAAACUUCAUGAAAGCAAGGAGGCUCCGAUCCCCGACUACACCCCGGAAGAGGAGGAGGCCUUUGAAGAGGACGACUUGAUGGAUGAAGUUGGACCAGAAGAACCGCCCGCAGAACCCGAUGAUAUCAAGGACAUGAAAGGUCAUGAAGAGCGCUACAACAAGCUGUUGAAGGACAUUGGGGAGCUGCCGGAGUACCAGGUGUUGCAUUAUGCCAUUCCCUUGAAGACGCGUUUGGCAAAGGAGGUGGAUGCAGCGGUCAAAAGCCUUUACCUACAACUUCGAAGUGAAGGAUUGCCCGUCACUCGGGUUCAUAGUGACAGGGCUCGUGAGCUUCGUGGGAAAGAACUCCGUUCGUGGCUUAUGACCCGAGAUGUGUUUCCAACGUGUGGAGAAAGUCAAGUUCCUCAGACCAAUGGUCGCGCGGAGGCAGCGGUGAAGCGAGCAAAGAGGAGAACAAAGGCUUUGUUGACGGCCUCGGGUUUGCCUAGAGCUUGCUGGCCACAUGCGAUGGCCUAUGCCGCUUACCACCAAAGGGAACAUGCGUUGGGACGAGGACGUGCUGUUUUUCCUUUUGCCUCCCCUGUCCACGUUCGGAACAAGAUUUGGGGCACUGGCGCCAAGAAUGACUUGGAGAUCCUGUGGACGGAGGGCGUCUACAUGGGGCCGACACCAGAUAUAAGAGGUGGACACACAGUACGGUUUCCUGAAGGAAGAUAUGUGAACAGCAUGCACUUGAGAGCCAACACCAUCGAUGCGGAUGCAGAAGUGAAGCUGGACGAGGAGGGGACCACCUACCAGCAGAAGAUUCCGAUCCUCAUCAUGCUCUACCUGGACCAGAAGAAGAAGAUCAGGGUUAUGGGGCUUUUGAAGGAGACCCACGUCAAGUACUACAUCAUGGAUAACUGGAAUGUUUACCCACGGUGGAGUUUGUGGUCUGAGAGAUGGGGCAAAGCGGAUGCCGAACGUGACCAAGGUCAGCGGCUGAAGAUGAAGAAGAAGUUCAGCGAGAAGUACGACCAGGAAUUUGGAAGGUUCUCGAACUUGAAAAAGAAGGACCGCAUUUGGUUGGAAGCUUUGGGUUUUGAGUUUGACAAGGAGACCUCUCAAGGUGAUUGUUGGUUGAAGCUUACGAGGAAGAAGACAACCCAAGAAGACUAUGGUUUGGAAGGUUCCCUAUGUCAAAUCAAUGAAAGCCACCAACAACUUCUGGAAGAUCUACAAGAACGAGCCGCAGCCCUUCGAAUUCUACUUGAGGAGGAGCAGUCCCUUGCAGAAGAUCUACGUGAAGCCAGAAAGGACAUUGAACAAGAAGCAUUCAAGGCCACCUCUGCAGUCAAUGAGAUGAUCCAGCAUGCAGAGAAUGAGAUCAGGGAGUUUGACCAAGUGACGGUGAAUGCGUGUUUGAAGGCAGCUUCAGUCCAGGAGGAGCCAGAUUAUGAAGCCCUGGUUGAUGAGAUGCAGGGUGAUCUUCAGGUUGUAUAUACGGUUCCACAAGUCCAAGUGAGACGAGCUGUGAAGAAGUGGGACAAGGCCAUCCGGAAGGAGUUGGACAACCUGUUCAGUACGGGAACCCUACGUCGAAUCACGAUGAAGCAAGCAUUCGAACUUCAACGACAAGGCAAGCUGCGUUUGGUACCGAGUAAGGGAGUGAUCGACUACGAAGAAAAUAUCGCCUUGUUCUUUGCGGAAACCACGCGGAGAAAGAGGAGGGCUUUGGCUCGCUGUAUGCGGGAGGUGCCUCCAUUGAAACCUUCAGGGCAGCUCUUGCCUAUGCGGCAAAGCGGAGAUGACGAGGAGCAGCAAUAUGCCGUGCAGCCCCCCAGGUUCCUCAUCGACAACAACUAUGCUGAAGAAACAGAGUGCUGGUUGGUGGUCAAACCAUUAUACGGUCUUCGCGAAAGUCCAUCGAUUUGGGCAUCGUUCCGUACGGCCAGAUUGUCAGGGGCGAGGAUACCAUACAAGGGAGGUUUCAUUACGUUGCAGCCGUCCAAGGUUGACAAGGAGAUCUGGUUGGCCUAUGAUGAAUAUGGCAAUGAAAAAGCGAAGGGCACCUUACAAGCCCUCCUGGUCACCUAUGUUGACGACCUCUUCUUCCUUGGUCCACCGGAGCUGGUCAUGGCUCUAGAUGAGUGGAUCAGAAGUGAAUGGCCCUGUUCUGCCUUGCAAUGGGCAGAUGAUUCAGAUGGUGCACGGUACCUGGGAACAGAGAUUUUCCAGAGACCUACGAGUGCGUUCGAGCUGAAGCAAACGGGCUACAUUGAGGACUUACUCAGAGCUCAUGAGAUGACGGAGGCGUGCCCUACAAGAUUGCCGUGCCCGAAGGAAUGGAUCGCUGAAGACUAUGAGGAUGUUGCAGAAGACUUCACGGAGCAAGAUCUAAAGUUGGGACAGAGAAUGACCGGAGAGCUACUUUGGAUUACGAUGCGAAGUCGGCCAGACCUACAACAUGUUGUGAGUCACCUGUCUCAGUGGGUCUCAAAGCAUCCAAAGAGGAUCGUAAAAAUUGCCAGGCGUGUGCUCAGCUACCUGGCCGGCACGUCGCAGAUGAAGCUUGUGAUCGGCGACUACAAGGACGAGCCUACCAGCAGCAGCAACAGCAAGCAGUCCCACAACACCACGGCGCGCACACACAACACAUGCACAGAUAAAGGUGAUGAUAUCGGGUUAAAGGUAAUAGCCUACUCCGAUGCCAGUUUCGCUCCAUCCGGUUCGCGAUCUGUUGGAGCAGCUGUGGUGACGAUCAACAAUAGCCCUAUCUGUUGGAAGUCAGGACGCCAAGGUAUGGUCACCCUUUCGACCAUGGAGUCUGAGUUGCUGGAAGCUACGCAGACUGCUGUUCUCACGGAAGGCAUAGCUUGCUUGUUUGAUGAGUUCUGCAAUAGACGUGUGGACCGAAUUCUCAGAGUGGACAAUGCCGCCCCAACAGCGAUGUUGCAGGGUGGGCCGGGCUCUUGGCGAACCCGUCACUUGAAAGUGAGAAGUGCCUAUGUGUUGGAGCAAGUGGAACGACAGAUGCUCUGCGUGGAGUUCGUUGAAGGAAAAAGGCAGCUAGCAGAUCUUGGGACAAAGGCACAUCCAAAGGCACGCUUGUGGGAGCUUCUGGAGAUGUGGGGAUUUGAAGGCCUACCAACAGAAGCUCAACAGGCAAAGGCAGUGAGGAUUUUGAUGCUGGUCCUGAUUACUCUGGCGUUGCAGUCGAUUCCCGUGGCGGAGGCCUCAGAGAAGGAACCUUUGCCGAGAACAGGGGUUGAUGAACUUUUUCUGGUUGUGGCUAUGUGUUGUCUGGGAGCUGUGGUAUUCUGGGAAGCUGUAAAAUGGUUUGGGCAUUGCAUGUGGACAAGAGCUGUGAAGGGUCGGAAGGCUCAGCGGCUACAGCGCAUGCGUGACCUGGCAAAGGCAGCUGUGGAAACGGAACUGGAGCGGACUUGGGGAGACUCACAUGAGGCUUUUCAAGGGAGGACAACGCAUCAGAGAGUUGAGGGAGCAGUGAAGGAGGCAAUGACCAGAGCGAUUGAGUCCUCGCCUGUCCUUCAACAAGAGCCAGAACUAAGACGCCGGACGCCUCGUACAGUUAGUACGGGAACACAGACAACGGCCUAUGAGAGACCUGGAACUGCGGAACCGCAAGCAGAAUACUUCAGGUUUGAGGGCCCGUUCUACAUGACGGAGCAUGGGAAAAAUGUUCAUGUUAGGCAAGACUGUCAUGGUUUUCGCCUUGCUUCACAUCGGAUCAAGACAGUCGGAUACUGUGACUGGUGUGAUGGAGCAGUCCCGUUGUACAUUAAGCGGGAAAGAGGACAGUCGUCUACACGUUGGUUGGGUUGA